CCACGUAAUUAAGGUGUAAGGAGCAUGGGGAUCGGUGUCGGAGGCGGCGCGCUGGAGGCCGCGAGGCCGGUGUCGGCCAUGGUGGUGGUGGAGUUCAUCUUCUCGGCCCUGCAGAUCUUCAUCAAGCUGGCGCUGGACGACGGCAUGGACGUCCGCGUCCUCGUCGCCUACAGGCUCAUGUUCGGCGCCGCCUUCCUCUGUCCCCUCGCCUUCCUCAUCGAGAGGAAGAAACGGCCACCACUAACCGUCAAGGUUGUCACAGGGUUAUUCUUGUGUGGACUUUUCGGAAUCACCAUCAACCAGAACCUGCUGGUGCUUGCCAUCAAGCUCACGAAUUCGACCACCAUCGUCACGGCUCUCAGUAACCUCACCCCUCAAUCUACCUUCAUCGUCGCAAUCUUGACCAGGAUGGAGACUCUGAAGCUCAGAAAGCCCAGCGGCCAAGCGAAGCUGGGGGGCACCCUGGUCGGGCUGGGCGGCGCGAUGCUGCUCACGUUCUACAAGGGCCCGGAGAUGCUGUUCCUCCGCCGCAUGGCGCACACCGGGCUCAGCCAUGCCACCGGCGACCGCCAGCUCCGGCCGCAGCCGGCCGCCGGCCCUCGGAUCCUCGGCUCCUUCCUCGCCAUCACCAGCUGCUUCAGCUACGCGAUCUGGCUCACCAUCCAGGCCAAGGUCGGCCAGGUCUACCCGUGCCACUACUCGAUCGCCGCGCUGGUGUGCCUCUUCGGCGCGGUCCAGUCCACGCUACUCGCGCUCUGCAUCCACAGGGACGCGGACCACUGGAGGCUCGGGCUCAACAUCAGGCUCUACUCGUCGGCGUACGCGGGUAUCGUGGCGUCCGGGUCCGCCUUCCCGCUCAUGUCGUGGUGCCUGCGGAAGAAAGGGCCCCUCUACGUCGCCAUGUUCGGACCUCUCAUCAUCAUCUUCGUCGCGGUCAUGAGCUGCAUCGUCCUUGACGAGGCCCUGCACAUCGGAAUCGUGCUUGGUGCCGUGCUGAUCGUGGCGGGGCUGUACAUGGUGCUGUGGGGCAAGGCCAGAGAGGAAGAUGAACAAGAAGCCGAUGCGCCGAAACUUGUUGGUCAAGACGACGAGCUGGGCAAGGGGCCCCUUCCACAUACUAACGGUGAAGCAUAAUCUGAGGAAAAUAAGAUCAUGCGUACACUUUGGCAGUCAAGAUUUUCUUUAUCAGUUUUGCUAAAGCACAUCUAGAUGUGCCAUAAGUAUUGUACAUCUAAGUCCUAUAUCAUUGAUCUUACGUUGAGAUUCGUGUGGAUAUUUUCUUUUCUUUUUUUCUUUUCCUCUUUAUGCUUGAUUCACUCACUUAGAUGUGCAAUAACUAGAGCACAUCUAGA